AUGGCAACAACAUUAACCGGUGGAAACCCACACAUCAUCCAACUGCCCAAGACGCCCUCCGACGUACUAUCCGACCCGCAAACCGUCGCUGAGCAAUGGAUCUCGGCUCUCGAAGUCCAGCUCUCCCGUUCAGAGAACGUGGACAUCAAGGGACUGUUCCAUGAUGACUCCUGGUGGCGCGAUAUGCUGGCGCUGGACUGGGACAUGCGCACCGUACACACAGCCACUGAGAUUAAGAACUUCCUCUCCAAGCAACAGAACAAGGCACAACUAUCCAAGUUCAAACUCCAGGAUACAGGAAAGUUUAAGCCACGUCUAGAGCAGGUCGCCGACGGGUUGACCUGGGUUUCUUCCAUGUUCUUCUUCGAAACCGCCGUUGGUACUGGAACAGGCAUGUUGCGUCUAACCCAGGCGGAGGAUGGAGUUUGGAAGGCUUAUGCUAUGUAUACGGCAUUGCAGGAACUCAGCUCGGCUCAAGAGCCCCUUGGGAAACGUCGGGCUUACGGGACGACGGAGUCCAUGCCCGGUGGUCUGGCCGGGGGCACAUGGAUUGAGCGCAGGAAUCGCCAAAAGGAAUUUUUGGAUGAGGAGCCGGCUACAUUGGUUGUCGGGGCUGGUCAAGCUGGAUUGAAUAUGGGUGCGCGUUUACAGAACCUCGGCAUAUCGUGCUUGAUUGUCGACAAGGGCGAGCGUGUUGGAGAUAAUUGGCGUAACCGGUACCGGACACUUGUCACGCAUGAUCCAGCUGAGUACACACACAUGGCCUAUCUGCCCUUCCCGCAGAACUGGCCACAGUUUACACCAAAAGACAAGCUGGGUGACUGGUUUGAAGCAUACGCCAGCAUAAUGGAGUUGAAUAUCUGGAUGCAGACUUCAGUCGUCUCGGCAGAGUACGAUGAAUCUGUAGGCCAGUGGACGGUUGUCCUCGCUCGCGGCGAUGGGUCUCAACGGACUGUCCGACCCAAUCACCUUGUAUGGUGUACAGGACACUCAGGCGAGGCGAAAAUUCCCUCCUUCCCGGGACAAGAUUCUUUCCAGGGCAAUCUGUAUCAUGGCAGCCAGCACCGCGACGCGUCGGAAACCGAUGUUCGUGGCAAGAAAGUUGUCGUCGUCGGGACUGGUAACAGCGGUCAUGAUAUCGCGCAGAACUUUUGCGAGAACGGCGCAGAUGUCACUCUGCUGCAACGCAGCGGGACAUAUGUUAUAACUGCGGAGAAGGGUGUCUUUAUGAUGCACAGUGGAAUGCAUGAGGAUGGCGGUGCACCAACUGAACAAUGUGAUAUCGUCUCCGAGAGUCUCCCCUGGCCUGUUCAAUUCGCUUUGGGUGUACAUAUGACGAAGAACAUUGCCGAGGCCGAAAAGGAGACGCUUGACGGACUCCGUCGGGCUGGCUUCGAACUUGAUUUCGGGAUAGAUGGAGCUGGUAUUACCCGUGCAUACUUUACCCGCGGUGGGGGUUACUAUAUCGACGUCGGAUGCAGUCAGCUUAUCAUCGAUGGCAAGAUCAAAGUCAAACACAACCCAGGCGGUAUCAAUGGCUUUGGGCAUCGUGAGCUGCUUCUGGCAAAUGGUGAGUCCCUGCCAGCGGAUGUUGUUGUCCUCGCCACCGGAUACGAUAAUAUGCGCACGACGGUCAGGAAAGUCUUGGGUGACAAGAUUGCAGACCGGUGUUCCGACGUUUGGGAUCUGGAUGCUGAAGGGGAACUUCAAGCUAUGUGGCGCCCCAGUGGUCAUCCAGGCUUCUGGUAUUUUGGUGGAAAUCUCGCCUUGUGCCGGGUCUACUCCAAGUUUUUAGCACUUCAGAUCAAGGCUGUCGAGGCUGGAUUAUCAACCGGGGUACGGCAGUAA